AUGGACGCAUCGUCGGCCCCUGCUACCAAUUCCCAAGCGUCUGGGGCGGGCUGGACUGCCUUCCUGAAGUCUAUCGCCUCGUUCAACGGCGAUCUCUCCAGCCUGACCGCUCCUCCCUUCAUCCUCUCCUCGACCAGCUUGACCGAGUUCAGCUCCUACUGGUGCGAGCACCCGGCAAUAUUCGCAGCUCCCGCCAAGGAAACCACCCCCGAGAAGCGAGCUCUCCUCGUGCUCAAGUGGUUCUUGACCACCCUGAAGCAGCAGUACGCCAGCCGUAGCGAACAAUACGGAAACGAGAAGAAGCCCCUGAAUCCUUUCCUCGGAGAGCUCUUCCUGGGCAGGUGGGAGGAUGAGGCCGGCAUCACCGAGAUUAUCAGCGAGCAGGUUAGCCACCACCCGCCAGCUACGGCGUACUGCAUCACCAACUUGCCCACCGGUGUACAGCUGGAGGGAUACAACGCGCAGAAGGCGACGUUUAUCAAAACGAUAAAUAUCAAGCAGAUUGGGCAUGCCGUCCUCACGGUGCCGGUGCCGGCGUCGGACCCACCUCAGAGCGAGACGUUCCUCAUAACCCUACCGGCCCUGCACAUCGAGGGGUUGAUCUUUGGUGCGCCAUUCAUCGAGCUCGAGGGCGCUUCGUUCAUCACCUCGUCGUCCGGAUUCACGGCCAAGAUCGACUACAGCGGCAAGGGAUGGCUUUCGGGCAAGAAGAACAGCGUCACGGCAGUCUUGUACCCCACAGGCCGCGAGAAGGAGGUUCUCUACAACGUCACGGGCCAGUGGACCACGUCGUUUGAGAUCUACUCUGGCCCAGCCAAGGGAAACAAGUCGUCCACACUGGUUGGGACAUACAAGGCGGCCGAGGUCCCGUCGACGAGCUUGAAAGUCGCGCCGAUCGAAGAGCAGCACCCGCUCGAGUCGCGCCGCGCCUGGGCCAAGGUGGCAGCCGCCAUUGCCAAGACGGACCUGGACACUGUCGGCGCCGAAAAGGGCAAGAUUGAGCAGGCACAGCGCGAUCUCCGCGCCAAGGAGCGCUCCGAGGGCCGUAUGUGGCAGCGUCGCUACUUCACCAUCCACACCGAUGCGCCCGACUCCGUUCUCACCACGUUGGGCCCCGUGGUCGGGCUCGCAGUCCACGGCGACAGCGACAAGACCGGCGGGCUGUGGAGGUUUGACAAGGCCAAGGCAGAGAAGGCAAGGAAGGAUCUCAAGCUCUCUGCGGAGGAGCAGGCAAAGAUUGCAAAGGAAAUCCUGGGGCAGUCGUAA